GUCGGCACUCACACCAGAGUGCUUCUCCUCAGCAAAGGAGAGAUCAGGAACUUCAGGGUGUGCCGUUGAGGUUGUCGGACAGCGCGGAACCUUCACAGACAAGGAGACAAGAAACACGCGGUUUCUGGGAAAAGGAGGAAGAAGGACGCUUGUACUACGACGCGUCGUGUUGCCGCGGAGGGAUUCUAUCCCUGGGUGGCGGAGGGAUUUGACAGCACGUUAACUUCCGGAAAAGUCCUAACCCUGUGAGGAAAAGCCCUGAAGGAAACAAUAACAAACGAAAAGAGGAAGCGAUUUUGGGGUUUCUGUGUUGUUCAGUUCUGGACCAAGAAGAUGAGCUUCGGCCCCUGUCAGGGGACGUGAAAGAGUUCGGUGGGCUUUAGCCACCCCUUCUCCACCUGUUUCCCCUUCGGGGCCCCCUGGGUAUUGCCAUGGCGGGCGUGGGGUCGGGGGGCUACGCGUCGGAGUUCGUGCCACCCCCGGAGUGCCCAGUCUUUGAACCCAGCUGGGAGGAGUUCACAGACCCGCUCAGCUUUAUCGGCCGCAUCCGGCCGCUGGCAGAGAAAACCGGCAUCUGCAAAAUCCGACCGCCCAAGGAUUGGCAACCUCCAUUUGCGUGUGAAGUGAAAAGCUUUCGUUUCACUCCCAGAGUGCAGCGCCUGAAUGAACUUGAGGCAAUGACCAGAGUGAGACUGGACUUCCUGGAUCAACUAGCAAAAUUUUGGGAACUUCAAGGAUCUACUUUGAAGAUCCCUGUUGUGGAGAGGAAAAUCCUGGAUCUGUACGCUUUGAGCAAGAUUGUUGCCAGCAAAGGAGGUUUUGAAAUGGUCACCAAAGAAAAGAAAUGGUCUAAAGUGGGUAGCCGCUUGGGAUAUCUGCCAGGAAAAGGAACUGGGUCUCUUUUGAAGUCACACUAUGAAAGAAUUCUCUACCCAUAUGAGCUUUUCCAGUCUGGUGUCAGCCUUAUGGGUGUACAAAUGCCUAAUUUAGAUCUUAAGGAAAAAGUGGAGCCUGAGGUUCUUGGCACUGAUGUCCAAACUUCCCCAGAGCCAGGCACAAGAAUGAACAUUCUGCCAAAGAGAACAAGACGUGUCAAAUCUCAGUCAGAAUCUGGAGAAGUGAAUAGAAACACAGAACUGAAGAAACUUCGAAUUUUUGGGGCUGGGCCCAAGGUUGUGGGCCUGGCAAUGGGCGUAAAAGAUAAAGAAGAUGAGGUCUCCCGAAGACGAAAAGUUACCAACAGGUCAGAGGCAUUUAACAUGCAAAUGAGACAACGGAAAGGAACUCUCUCUGUUAACUUUGUUGAUCUCUAUGUUUGUAUGUUUUGUGGUCGGGGAAAUAAUGAAGAUAAAUUGCUUUUGUGUGAUGGAUGUGACGAUAGCUAUCAUACCUUUUGUUUAAUUCCUCCACUACCUGAUGUACCCAAAGGAGAUUGGAGAUGUCCAAAAUGUGUUGCUGAGGAAUGUAAUAAACCUCGAGAAGCCUUUGGAUUUGAACAGGCUGUGCGAGAGUAUUCGCUUCAGAGUUUUGGAGAGAUGGCAGAUAAUUUUAAGUCUGAUUAUUUCAAUAUGCCAGUCCAUAUGGUUCCCACAGAACUAGUAGAAAAGGAAUUCUGGCGGCUGGUGAGCAGCAUUGAAGAAGAUGUUAUUGUAGAAUAUGGAGCUGAUAUCUCCUCAAAAGACUUUGGAAGUGGAUUUCCUGUAAAGGAUGGUCGGAGAAAGAUGCUGCCAGAAGAAGAGGAAUAUGCGCUUUCUGGUUGGAACUUGAAUAACAUGCCUGUCCUCGAGCAGUCUGUUCUUGCACAUAUUAACGUAGACAUUUCUGGUAUGAAAGUACCAUGGCUCUAUGUGGGAAUGUGUUUCUCUUCUUUUUGCUGGCACAUUGAAGAUCACUGGAGUUAUUCCAUCAAUUACUUGCACUGGGGGGAGCCAAAGACAUGGUAUGGUGUGCCGUCUCAUGCUGCAGAACAACUGGAGGAGGUGAUGAGGGAGCUGGCCCCUGAGUUGUUUGAAUCUCAGCCUGAUCUUCUACAUCAGUUAGUCACCAUCAUGAACCCCAAUGUGCUAAUGGAGCAUGGUGUGCCUGUGUACAGGACCAAUCAGUGUGCUGGCGAGUUUGUCGUGACGUUUCCUCGUGCCUAUCAUUCUGGAUUUAAUCAGGGCUACAACUUCGCUGAAGCUGUGAACUUCUGUACUGCUGACUGGUUGCCCAUUGGACGUCAGUGUGUCAAUCACUACCGCCGCCUAAGGCGCCAUUGUGUCUUUUCACAUGAGGAACUCAUUUUCAAAAUGGCAGCAGAUCCAGAGUGCUUAGAUGUGGGGCUGGCUGCCAUGGUUUGCAAAGAAUUGACUCUGAUGACUGAAGAAGAGACACGAUUAAGGGAGGCUGUGGUGCAAAUGGGUGUCCUGAUGUCAGAAGAAGAAGUAUUUGAACUUGUUCCUGAUGAUGAACGACAGUGUUCAGCCUGCAGAACCACAUGUUUUCUUUCUGCUCUCACGUGUUCCUGUAAUCCUGAACGACUUGUGUGUCUCUACCAUCCAAAUGAUCUGUGCCCCUGCCCAAUGCAGAAGAAGUGUCUUAGAUACCGCUACCCAUUAGAGGACCUCCCUUCUCUGCUCUAUGGUGUGAAAGUCAGGGCACAGUCCUAUGACACUUGGGUCAGUCGCGUUACAGAAGCAUUAUCUGCCAACUUCAACCACAAGAAAGAUUUGAUUGAAUUACGAGUAAUGCUGGAAGAUGCAGAGGAUAGGAAAUACCCAGAGAAUGAUCUCUUUAGAAAACUCAGGGAUGCUGUAAAAGAAGCUGAGACCUGUGCUUCUGUGGCUCAACUGCUUUUGAGCAAAAAGCAGAAACACAGGCAGAGCCCUGACUGUGGGAGGACUAGGACCAAACUGACAGUGGAAGAAUUGAAGGCCUUUGUUCAACAACUUUUUAGUCUUCCAUGUGUCAUCAGUCAAGCUCGACAAGUAAAGAAUCUGCUAGAUGAUGUGGAAGAGUUUCAUGAACGUGCUCAAGAGGCCAUGAUGGAUGAAACACCAGAUUCUUCUAAACUCCAGAUGUUGAUAGACAUGGGCUCUAGUCUCUAUGUGGAGUUACCUGAAUUAGCCCGACUAAAGCAAGAGCUACAGCAGGCUCGAUGGUUGGAUGAAGUAAGACUGACUCUAUCAGACCCACAGCAAGUCACUUUGGAUGUCAUGAAGAAAUUGAUAGACUCUGGGGUGGGGUUGGCUCCCCACCAUGCUGUGGAGAAAGCAAUGGCUGAACUACAGGAGCUCCUUACAGUCUCUGAGCGAUGGGAAGAAAAGGCUAAGGUCUGCCUACAGGCAAGACCACGACACAGCGUGGCAAGUUUAGAAAGCAUUGUGAAUGAAGCUAAGAACAUUCCAGCCUUUCUACCCAAUGUGCUAUCCCUGAAAGAAGCCUUACAAAAGGCUCGAGAAUGGACAGCUAAAGUGGAAGCUAUUCAGAGUGGCAGCAACUAUGCUUACUUGGAGCAGCUGGAGAGCCUAUCUGCUAAAGGGCGCCCUAUUCCUGUGCGUCUUGAUGCAUUGCCCCAAGUAGAAUCACAGGUAGCCGCAGCACGGGCAUGGAGAGAACGGACUGGGCGGACCUUUCUUAAGAAGAAUUCUAGCCAUACAUUGCUACAGGUGCUAAGUCCCCGAACUGACAUUGGUAUAUAUGGGAGUGGUAAAAACAGAAGGAAAAAAGUAAAAGAACUAAUAGAAAAAGAAAAAGAAAAGGAUCUUGACCUUGAGCCUCUGACUGAUUUGGAGGAAGGAUUGGAAGAAACCAGAGAUACAGCCAUGGUGGUGGCAGUUUUCAAAGAACGGGAGCAAAAAGAGAUUGAAGCCAUGCAUUCCCUAAGAGCAGCCAACUUAGCUAAAAUGACAAUGGUGGACCGCAUAGAAGAAGUGAAAUUUUGCAUUUGUCGCAAGACAGCUAGUGGGUUUAUGCUGCAGUGUGAGCUCUGCAAAGACUGGUUCCAUAAUAGCUGUGUUCCCCUGCCUAAGUCAUGUUCCCAGAAAAAAGGUUCUAGCUGGCAGGCUAAAGAAGUAAAAUUUCUUUGCCCUCUUUGUAUGCGCUCUCGGAGGCCAAGGCUAGAGACUAUUCUGUCACUCCUAGUAUCCCUUCAGAAGUUGCCUGUACGGUUGCCUGAAGGUGAAGCCCUACAGUGUUUGACAGAACGUGCAAUGAGCUGGCAGGAUAGAGCACGGCAGGCCCUAGCCACAGAUGAACUGUCUUCUGCCUUGGCCAAACUGUCUGUGUUGAGCCAGCGUAUGGUGGAGCAGGCAGCUCGAGAAAAAACUGAAAAGAUAAUCAGUGCAGAACUCCAAAAAGCAGCUGCCAAUCCAGACUUACAGGGACACUUACCUAGUUUCCAGCAGUCUGCUUUUAACCGGAUGGUAAGCAGCGUAUCCUCUUCCCCUCGACAAACAAUGGAUUAUGAUGAUGAAGAAACAGACUCCGAUGAAGACAUUCGGGAGACAUACGGCUAUGACAUGAAGGACACAGCCAGUGUGAAGUCCUCCAGUAGUCUGGAACCCAACCUUUUUUGUGAUGAAGAGAUUCCCAUUAAGUCUGAGGAGGUAGUCACUCACAUGUGGACAGCACCUUCAUUCUGUGCAGAACAUGCUUAUUCUUCUGCGUCUAAGAGUUGUUCUCAAGGUUCUAGCACCCCCAGGAAACAACCUCGGAAGAGCCCUUUGGUACCCCGAAGUUUGGAACCUCCUGUAUUGGAUUUGUCACCUGGAGCUAAAGCCCAGCUGGAAGAACUUAUGAUGGUUGGAGAUCUCCUAGAAGUAUCUCUGGAUGAGACUCAACAUAUAUGGCGGAUUUUGCAGGCCACACACCCACCCUCUGAAGACAGAUUUCUGCAUAUCAUGGAGGAUGACAGCAUGGAAGAAAAACCAUUAAAAGUAAAAGGAAAGGACUCUUCAGAGAAGAAACGGAAACGGAAACUAGAAAAAGUAGAACAGCUCUUUGGAGAAGGAAAACAGAAGUCCAAGGAGUUAAAGAAAAUGGAUAAACCUAAAAAGAAGAAAUUAAAAUUAAGUGCAGAAAAAUCAAAGGAGCUGAACAAACUGGCCAAGAAACUGGCAAAAGAAGAGGAGAGAAAGAAAAAGAAGGAGAAGGCUGCUGCAGCCAAAGUUGAGCUUGUGAAAGAGAACACUGAGAAGAAGAGAGAGAAAAAAGUGCUGGACAUCCCCUCAAAGUAUGAUUGGUCAGGAGCAGAGGAAUCUGAUGACGAGAAUGCUGUAUGCGCAGCACAAAACUGCCAACGGCCCUGCAAGGACAAGGUAGACUGGGUACAAUGUGAUGGUGGCUGUGAUGAGUGGUUUCAUCAAGUUUGUGUGGGUGUAUCUCCAGAAAUGGCUGAAAAUGAAGAUUACAUCUGUAUAAACUGUGCAAAGAAGCAGGGGCCAGAUAGCCCAGGUCAAGCACCAGCUUCUUCCUUCAUAAUGAGCUACAAACUACCAAUGGAGGAUCUUAAGGAGACCAGUUAGCAAAUGCUGAGUUAGUUUGGGACAUGGAGAAAAUGGACCACAUUAAGACCUCAGUCAUAAAGUUGAGUGGUUUAGGUCCACUCACAAUGUUGCUUCCAAAGACAAAUGGCCUUCAAAGAAAGUCCUCGUAGCUGACUUCCUCUUUGCAUGGACUGUGUGAUCUACAUUAUGUAUCAACACAUCUGUGCAGAGGGUGUCUUCUUUGGUACAGCAGCCAAUAUUUCAGUUCAUGUCUUUUUUGAGUAUGGUUUGUUAUAUUAAGGCCAGACAUUUGAGCUCCAGUGUGGCUGGUUGGGAUUAACACAUUGGUGUGCUAGCAGGGCAUGUAGGGAUGUGUCUUACGGCCAGUUGAUAUUAAUUAGAGGUUUACCAUCUAGAGACAGCACCGUCUGAAGGUGCUGAUUACUUGGAUCUCCUUAUUUAGGAUAGUUACAGAGGAGUCAGGACACCACUUUUUCCCCACUAUUACCUGGUAUUUAAUGCCCUGAAAGUACAACUAAGAGAAAAACAGGGCCGAAGUUAACUCUUGUUAGAAGUCAUGGGAUAAUAGCACAGUCUAGACCUCAGCUACUAGUGCUUGCUUGUACCAAGAAGAAACCCCCAAAAGAGAGGCAGAUCACCUUAUCUUCCUAAAGAGGAGGAUGUCUUAUAGUUAAGAAAUCUGGCUAGGUUGUAUUCUGGGAAGAGAGCUUUUCUUAUUUCAAGACAAGGAGCCUUUUUUGGCUUAGAGAAGUUUUGCUGCCUUGAGUCUACAUUUUAGAGAAGAGCAGGUACAUGGAUCCAGGCCUCUGCAAAAGAAAAGACAAGUUAAUGUUUUACUGAGCCACAGUGAUGCAUGCUUUUCAGGAAAACCGUCAUUUACAAGUAUACUAGAUUCCACCAGGCUUCAGGCAUGGCCAUGAGUAAGACCAGCAAAUAACAGCUUUUUGCCUGGCAGCCCUGAUGCCAAUGUCUGCUGUUUCCAAUACUGGCCAUUUCUGAUCGUGGCACACAGCAGAGGCUGUUGAAUAACACCAUGGCUUCAUCAGAGGAUGUGGGAUUGUAGGACCUCUGGGUGAUGAAGUUGUUUUAGUACAUCCAUUUUUUAAAAAAGAAAAAAGGACUUGUUUUUACUUUUUUCUAAAUGUCUCUGACUACUGACUGUUCUAUAAAUAGAUUAUUUUUCCUUUUUUGAUAUACAUAUAUGAAUAUAUAAAUAUAUAUAUUUACUGUUACCAGCAGCAUAUGACAGAGUUUCAGCAUCAGAAAUCCAUUUGGGGGCUUGCUUACUCCUUUUUGCUUUUUAAUAAAGAAAUCCCAUUCCUCCUUGUAAUACAAGGAGUUACCACUUCCUUCUCAGUCCUGGCCUAACCAGAUCUUCUCUCUUGUUUUUGUUUAAAUAAAUAAUUAUAUUUCCUUUGUGUAUUGGGUCUUGUCCCUGUUUGUGGGGAAAUUUGAUCUUACUAUAUCUGUGAUGGCUGUUUUGUUUUUGUAUGUGAAUGUUUGAAACUAUGGUGCUGUGUCCUCUUCCCUCCUGUUGUGUUCUCUAUUCUUGUUAACAUGUUAGGUAAACUGUGUGGAAAUUCUUUAUAG